UAUCUCCCGGAUCAACAUGCCGCUAACGCCCGUGGUCUAGUCUCUACAAAGACGUGUGUGUAUUUUUAUGCCCCAAAAGCCUGGAGCCAAACCCCCCGGCGACGAUCGCUCUCUUCCUCCGAGGAGUUCCCCCCCUCUCUCUCUCACACACAGUGGCAGUAAUGGGGAGAACGAAGCAACUCCCGAGCAGGUCCCGCAAACGCACGAAGCAGCAUCAGCAGUCGAUGGCGGGAGGGAGUUCACCGGCGACAUCUUCUCGCUCCGCUCGUGGGAAGAGGACGAGCGAAUCAGACGCGCCUCAAGGGACUCCAAGCCAAUCACGGCGGCGUUACAGGCACAGACCAGGGGUUCUGGCACUCCGUGAGAUCCGGAGGCUUCAGAAGUCAUGGAAGCUGCUUAUUCCUAUGGCUCCCUUUGUCAGACUUGUAAGGGAGAUUACUAAUUUCUAUUCAAAAUAUGUAUCUCGUUGGACCCCUGAAGCUCUGAUCGCAAUUCAGGAGAUUUGUCCAAUUGCUUCAGGCAACAGAAACUUAUAUACAAGGGUUGUUUGAGGAUGCUUAUCUGUGUACUAUUCAUGCUAAACGUGUUACACUCCUGAUUUUAGACUAUCACAAUAGAGAAGAACAUCUUCAAAACAGCUAAAAUAGAUAAGUUCAGGAAAGUGUUUUUUCAACUUAUGGUAAUUCAAAUUAACAGUUGUUUGAUUCAGUAGACAUGGGUAUAUAUUUGCAUGGGCAUGCAUACAAUAGGCUCAAACAUGUAUGUUUGUUUUUGUAGGCUCUGCUUGAAUGUAAAAUAACCGGAUCCACCCCCACACCCAUUUGAGUGUGCCUGAUCCUGUACAUAGACACCCAAGAGUAUCCCUGAUGAUAAAUAUGUUUACAUAAGAGCAAAAGGAUUUACAGCUAGCAAGGCGGAUCUGUGGCAGAAGACACUGGUGAGACGAGAAAAACAAGUUCUUCACUUUUUUGGCCACAUGAAAAGAGGAUGCUUACAGAAUCAAAUAGAAGGCUCUCAAGAACUAGCGGUUGGCCGCGUUUGCUAUCGAUCGAUGCCAUGAGGCUAAAAGGAAAAACUAGCCUAAGCUGAUUGAUUUCUGACUCCUGAAACUAUUUUGUGGUUUGAGGCGAACUUGUGGAGUUUUGAGUUUGUUUGAGCUGGACGAGGUUUGUGAGUUUGAAUACAUAUAUAUAUAUAGGAACUACACAAAAUUUAAAAAAGAAAGAAUUAUCUGAGAUAAUCA